ACAUUACAUUAUCUACAUGACGGAAAUUCUACCAUAUGACCGCAUACUUCUUUUGAUAACUAUUAAUACGUUUUCUCAGCAGUUACACACGGAGAUAAACCUGGAAGAAUAUGGCACUAGAAAAACUUAGGAAAGAAGAAACUCUCGCGAUGAGGAAGCGAUUUAUCGGGCAGUCCUGUAGGCUCUUUUAUUCAGACGACCCUGUGAAAAUAGUAAGAGCAAGAGGACAAUAUCUAUUCGACGAAAAUGGCAAGCAAUAUCUGGACUGCAUCAGUAACGUUCAUCAUGUGGGCCAUUGUCACCCCAGUGUUACAAAGGCUGCAGCCGCACAAAUGGAUCUCCUGAACACAAAUACACGAUUCCUCCAUGACAACAUUGUCCUGUAUGCAGACCGCCUUGCUGCCACCCUGCCCAAGAAACUGUGUGUCUUCUACUUUGUUAACUCUGGUUCGGAGGCCAACGAUCUUGCCCUACGCUUGGCACAGCAGUACACCCAACAUGAAGAUGUCAUUGUGAUUGACCACGCAUACCACGGGCAUCUAAAGUCCCUCAUCGACAUUAGUCCUUACAAGUUCCGGAAACUGACAGGACAGAAAGAAUGGGUUCAUGUGGCACCCUUACCAGACACCUACAGAGGCUUAUACAGAGAGAAUCACCCCAACCCGGGCCAAGCAUAUGCAGAUACUGUAAAAGACCUAAUAGAGGAGGUGCACAGGAAAGGACGUAAGAUCUCUGCAUUCUUUGCUGAAUCGUUGCCAAGUGUUGGAGGGCAAAUCAUCUUGCCCGAAGGAUACUCAACUAAAGUUGCAGAAUAUGUACGCUCAGCUGGUGGACUGUUUGUGGCAGAUGAGGUGCAGACGGGCUUUGGACGUCUAGGGAGUCACUUCUGGGCAUUCCAGCAGCAAGGGGAGGAUUUCUGUCCCGACAUAGUGACCAUGGGCAAACCCAUGGGCAAUGGACAUCCCCUGUCAUGUGUAGUAACCACUGUAGAGAUAGCCGAAGCUUUCACGGCCAACGGAGUGGAGUACUUCAACACGUUUGGAGGGAACCCAGUGUCCUGUGCAAUUGGCCUGGCAGUCCUUGAUGUAAUAGAGAAAGAGGACCUAAGAGGAAAUGCUUCGAGGGUGGGAGCGCAUCUUAAGGAUCUGCUCACAAAGUUACAAACACGACAUCAAAUAAUUGGUGAUGUCAGGGGUGCAGGGCUGUUUGUAGGUCUUGAGCUGGUUACAGACAGGGAGAAGAAGACUCCUGCCACAAAAGUAGCAUCAACGUUGGUAAAGAGGCUGAAAGAGGAGGAUAAAAUCUGUCUCAGUACAGACGGCCCCUGGGAAAGCGUCUUGAAGUUUAAACCUCCUAUGUGCUUCAGUAUGGAGGACGCAGAUCUGGUGGUGCAGUGUAUUGACCGUAUCCUUACAGACAUGGAAGCCAGUGACCUUAAACUGGAAAAGGAAGACAUCUAAGGUAUCACUUCAGUAGAAAUGGGAGAUGCAGCCACCUCAUUAAUGGAAACCAGCCAAUCGGAGGUUCACAUAUUUUAAGUGCAAGCGACAGCAUGUACUUACAACCUGGGAUAUGACCAGUGUAUACAAGACGAUGCUUAUGCGACACUAAUCAUCUUUUCUUGUUUUUUAAAGUAAGAAAAUAAUAAAAUUACCACUUUUUAAAGCCUG